AAUUUGAUAUCGAGUGACCUUUUCAUCGUAACUAAUAAACAAUAUGCUAUGAGCCAGGAUUUAUUUCGCUUUUACAGAAUCGCCAUUAGCUUGAGAAAGUAAUCAACAACAAUUUCAUAGUGCCAAAAUGAAGUUUUUAAUAUUUUCCGUACUUCUUUUAGGAGUUUACCAUGAAGCUUCAUCGCAAUACUCGCCAACUGAUAUUUUAGAAAGAGUGAAUGAAAUUCCUGUAAUAUCCGUUAUUUCGAAUAAAAUUGGGAAAAGCUGCAAGAACAAAGAUGAUUUCCAGAAAAAAGGUCAGGAUUUGGUCAAAUGUUAUAUGGAUUUUAAAGGAAAAGAAACAGUUUGUGGUACUGUGAAAAUUAGUUUGGAAAACUGCACUCAACCUCUUGUGACAGCGUUCGAGAGUUGUGUUGAAGAUAAAUUCCGUGACAUACCCAAAUUCAUAGUGGAAGUUGCCAAAUCUGCAUCAGAAUACGUAUGUAAAUCGAAAGGAGAAAAACUUAUAGAGCUUCUUCAUCCUUGUGUAACUCGCCUUAGCAUUGAAAAGAGUAAUGUAUGCUUAAAAUCAUUCAAACAGAAAAUCGAGAACAUCGAAAAGGACGAGAAUAUCUUAAAUGUUAAAACAGAUAUUUGCAAAUCAUUGGAGACCACGAAGGCUUGUCUACUGAAAGAUUUCAAGAAAGUCUGCCAUAAUGAUAUAACUUUGCAAUCCGUGAUAGGAGUUUACGAUGCCAUCAUAUCAAAACCAUGCAAACAUAUUUGAUGAAUUGGAAUUGGAAUAUUGUCAAAUGAUUGCAUAUUCACGCUGAAUUGGAUAUUUUUAUUAUUAUUAUACAUAAAAAAAUUAUGUUUUUCAUCCAUCUCGAACAAUAUCCAGAAAGAAUUAAAUUUCAA